AAUGAAGCCCUGGCUGUUGACCCUCAAAACUGCAUCUUAUACAGCAAUAGAUCUGCAGCCUACAUGAAAAUCCAGCAGUAUGACAAGGCACUGGAUGAUGCCAUCAAAGCCCGACUUCUCAAUCCCAAAUGGCCAAAGUGAUUUGUGGACUGAAGAGCUAGCAGCAAAGUUUGGACUGUAUGCAUUUAUUUGAACUUAAUAUAUUAUGGCAUACUUCCGACAGGGUGUUGCCCUCCAGUACCUCGGACGUCAUGCCGAUGCCCUGGCUGCAUUUGCAUCUGGGCUGGCUCAGGACCCCAAGAGUCUCCAGCUUCUGGUGGGCAUGGUGGAAGCCGCUAUGAAAUCUCCCAUGAGAGAUUCCCUGGAACCUACUUACCAGCAGCUUCAGAAAAUGAAACUGGACAAGAGUCCCUUCGUGGUUGUAUCUGUGGUUGGGCAGGAACUCCUGACGGCCGGCCAUCAUGGGGCCUCUGUGGUUGUCUUAGAAGCUGCUCUGAAGAUUGGCACCUGCAGCCUCAAACUGAGAGGUUCCGUUUUCUCUGCCCUGAGCAGUGCUUACUGGUCUCUUGGGAACACAGAGAAGAGCACUGGAUACAUGCAACAGGACUUGGAUGUAGCCAAGACCUUAGGUGACCAGACAGGGGAAUGCCGAGCUCAUGGGAAUCUAGGCUCUGCAUUCUUCUCCAAAGGAAAUUACCGGGAGGCUCUUACUAACCACAGGCAUCAGUUGGUGCUCGCCAUGAAACUCAAGGAUCGAGAGGCAGCUUCGUCAGCCCUGAGCAGUCUGGGCCACGUGUAUACGGCCAUUGGAGAUUACCCCAACGCACUGGCCAGUCACAAGCAGUGUGUUCUCCUCGCCAAACAAUCCAAAGAUGAACUUUCGGAAGCCCGAGAACUCGGCAACAUGGGAGCCGUGUAUAUUGCCAUGGGUGACUUUGAGAAUGCUGUGCAGUGCCACGAGCAGCACCUGAAGAUAGCUAAGGACCUGGGCAACAAGCGAGAAGAGGCCCGGGCCUACAGCAACCUGGGCAGUGCCUAUCACUACCGGAGGAACUUUGACAAGGCCAUGUCUUACCACAACUAUGUGCUGGAGCUAGCCAAGGAGUUGAUGGAGAAGGCCAUUGAAAUGCGGGCCUACGCUGGCCUGGGCCAUGCAGCCAGGUGCAUGCAGGAUUUGGAGAGAGCGAAACAGUACCAUGAGCAGCAGCUGGGCAUUGCUGAGAAUCUCAAGGACCGGGCUGCCGAGGGGCGAGCAUCCUCCAACCUGGGAAUAAUCCACCAGAUGAAGGGUGAUUAUGACACUGCACUGAAGCUGCACAAGACCCACCUGUGCAUCGCCCAGGAGCUGAGUGAUUACGCUGCCCAGGGCCGAGCCUAUGGGAACAUGGGCAAUGCCUACAACGCUCUGGGCUUGUAUGACCAGGCAGUCAAGUACCACCGGCAGGAGCUGCAGAUCUCCAUGGAAGUGAACGACCGCGCCUCGCAGGCCUCCACACACGGCAACCUUGCUGUGGCCUACCAGGCCCUGGGUGCCCACGACCGGGCCCUGCAGCACUACCAGAACCACCUGAACAUCGCCCGCGAGCUGCGGGACAUCCAGAGCGAGGCCCGGGCCCUCAGCAACCUAGGCAACUUCCACUGUUCUCGGGGAGAGUAUGUCCAGGCCGCCCCCUAUUAUGAACAGUACCUCCGGCUUGCUCCCGACCUCCAGGACAUGGAAGGAGAAGGGAAGGUCUGCCACAAUCUCGGCUAUGCCCACUACUGCCUUGGGAACUACCAGGAGGCAGUGAAAUACUAUGAGCAGGAUCUGGCACUGGCCAAAGACCUUCACGACAAAUUGAGCCAAGCAAAAGCCUACUGCAACUUGGGCCUAGCGUUCAAGGCUCUGCUGAAUUUCAGCAAAGCUGAGGAGUGUCAGAAAUACCUACUGUCCCUAGCCCAAUCCCUGAAUAAUUCCCAGGCAAAAUUUCGAGCCCUAGGGAACCUGGGUGAUAUAUUCAUCUGUAAAAAAGAUAUCAAUGGUGCAAUAAAAUUCUAUGAGCAGCAGCUGGGCUUAGCUCACCACGUGAAGGACAGGAGACUAGAGGCCAGUGCAUAUGCAGCCCUGGGCACUGCAUACCGAAUGGUCCAGAAAUAUGACAAGGCCUUGGGCUAUCACACACAAGAACUGGAGGUCUAUCAGGAGCUGAGUGACUUGCCGGGGGAGUGCAGAGCUCAUGGGCACCUGGCUGCUGUCUACAUGGCCCUGGGGAAGUACACAAUGGCCUUUAAGUGUUAUGAAGAACAGCUGGAUCUAGGGCAGAAGUUGAAGGAUCCAAGUCUAGAAGCCCAGGUCUAUGGUAACAUGGGCAUCACAAAGAUGAACAUGAAUGUGAUGGAAGAAGCCAUCGGCUACUUCGAGCAGCAGUUGGCCAUGCUGCAACAGCUCAGUGGAAAUGAGUCUGUGCUGGACAGGGGCCGGGCCUACGGCAACCUGGGGGAUUGCUAUGAGGCCCUGGGGGACUACGAGGAAGCUAUCAAAUACUAUGAACAAUAUUUAUCUGUUGCCCAGAGCCUGAAUCGCAUGCAAGAUCAAGCCAAGGCUUACCGGGGCCUAGGAAAUGGACACAGGGCGAUGGGGAGCUUGCAGCAAGCCCUUGUGUGCUUUGAAAAGAGGCUUGUGGUUGCCCAUGAGCUUGGGGAGGCCUUCAAUAAAGCCCAGGCCUACGGAGAGCUGGGCAGUCUGCACAGCCAAUUAGGGAAUUACGAACAAGCCAUUUCCUGCCUGGAACGCCAGCUGAACAUUGCCAGAGAGAUGAAAGACCGAGCCCUGGAGAGUGAUGCGGCCUGUGGCCUGGGGGGCGUUUACCAGCAGAUGGGGGAGUAUGACUCAGCCCUCCAGUACCACCAGCUUGACCUGCAGAUAGCAGAGGAAACCAACAACCCCACAUGCCAGGGCCGAGCCUAUGGGAACCUGGGCCUGACGUAUGAAUCGCUGGGGACCUUUGAGAGGGCUGUGGUCUAUCAAGAGCAGCACCUGAGCAUCGCUGCCCAAAUGAAUGACUUGGUGGCUAAGACGGUAUCAUACAGCAGCCUUGGGAGGACCCAUCAUGCCUUGCAGAACUAUUCACAGGCAGUCAUGUACUUACAGGAAGGUCUAAGGCUAGCUGAGCAACUGGGCCGAAGAGAAGAUGAGGCCAAAAUCCGCCAUGGGCUUGGCCUCUCUCUUUGGGCUAGUGGAAAUCUGGAGGAGGCCCAGCAUCAGCUCUACAGGGCAUCGGCCUUGUUUGAAACAAUCCGGCACGAGGCGCAGCUGAGCACAGACUACAAACUCUCCCUCUUCGACCUGCAGACAUCCUCCUACCAGGCCUUGCAGCGGGUGCUGGUCAGCCUUGGCCAUCACGAUGAAGCCCUGGCCGUGGCAGAGAGAGGAAGGACAAGGGCAUUUGCUGACCUUCUGGUGGAGCGACAAACAGGACAACAGGACUCUGACCCCUACUCCCCGGUCACCAUUGAUCAAAUCUUAGAGAUGGUUAAUGGCCAGAGGGGCCUAGUGCUGUACUACUCCCUGGCCGCAGGCUACCUGUACAGCUGGCUGCUUGCUCCUGGGGCAGGAAUUCUCAAGUUUCAUGAGCACUAUCUGGGUGAUAACACGGUGGAAAACUCCAGUGACUUCCAGGUCGGCAGCAGUGCAAUCCUUCCUGCAGCAACCAGCUCAGCCCUGGAGCAGCACAUCGCCAGUGUCCGGGAGGCCCUGGGGGUGGAGUCUUACUACUCCAGGGCCUGUGCCAGUAGCGAGACAGAGAGUGAGGCCGGUGACCUCAUGGAUCAGCAGUUUGAAGAAAUGAGCAACAAACUCAACUCGGUCACUGACCCAACGGGCUUUCUGCGGAUGGUUAGCCGCAAUAACCUCUUUAACAGGAGCUGCCAGAGCAUGACGAGUUUGUUCAGUAACACCAUGUCGCCCAUCAAGGACGGGACCUCCUCCCUUCCCAGGAGGCAGACUUCCUUCGCCAAGCCCCCACUCCGUGCUCUGUAUGACCUGCUCAUCGCACCCAUGGAAGGGGGCCUGAUGCACUCCAGCGGCCCCGUAGGUCGGCACCGGCAACUGGUCCUGGUCCUGGAGGGGGAGCUCUACCUCAUACCCUUCGCCCUCCUGAAGGGAAGCUCCUCCAACGAGUACCUGUAUGAGCGCUUCGCCCUCAUCGCCGUGCCUUCCAUCCGCUCCCUCAGCCCACAGGCCAAGCCUCAUCUAAGGAAGAGCCCACCCGUGUAUUCCAGCUCCACGUCCAUGGCAGCCGUCAUCGGCAACCCCAAGCUCCCAGCGGCAGUGAUGGACAGGUGGCUGUGGGGGCCCAUGCCGUCGGCCGAGGAGGAAGCCUACAUGGUGUCAGAGCUGCUGGGCUGCCAGCCCCUGGUGGGCAGUGUGGCCACCAAGGAGAGGGUCAUGAGCGCCCUGACACAGGCUGAGUGUGUCCACUUUGCCACCCACAUCUCCUGGAAGCUGUCAGCCUUGGUCCUCACGCCCAAUGUGGACGGCAACCCUGCCAGCAGCAAGAGCUCCUUCGGCCACCCCUACACGAUCCCUGAGUCCCUGCGGGUGCAGGAUGAUGCCAGUGACGUGGAGAGCAUCUCAGACUGCCCGCCCCUCCAGGAGCUGCUGCUCACAGCCGCGGACAUCCUGGACCUGCGGCUGCCCGUGAAGCUGGUGGUCCUUGGCUCCUCUCAGGAGUCUAACAGCAAAGUCACGGCUGACGGGGUCAUUGCACUGACGCGGGCCUUCUUAGCUGCUGGCGCACAGUGUGUCCUCGUGUCUCUGUGGCCUGUGCCAGUGGCUGCUUCCAAGAUGUUCAUCCACGCCUUCUACUCGUCCUUGCUGAAUGGCCUAAAGGCCAGCGCCGCCCUGGGGGAGGCCAUGAAGGUGGUGCAGAGCAGCAAGCCCUUCGCACACCCCUCCAACUGGGCAGGUUUCCUGCUCAUUGGGAGUGAUGUAAAGCUGAACAGUCCCUCGUCCCUCAUCGGCCAGGCCCUCACGGAGAUCCUGCAGCACCCAGAGCGCGCGCGGGAUGCCCUGCGAGUACUCCUGCACCUGGUGGAGAAGUCCCUGCAGCGCAUCCAGAGUGGGCAGCGCAAUGCCAUGUACACGUCCCAGCAGAGUGUGGACAACAAAGUAGCUGGCAUCCCUGGCUGGCAGGCUCUCCUCACUGCCGUGGGCUUCCGGCUGGACCCCCCUGCCAGCGGCCUGCCGGCGGCCGUCUUCUUCCCAACCUCUGACCCAGGUGACCGGCUCCAGCAGUGCAGCACCACCAUCCAGUCCCUGCUGGGUUUGCCCAACCCUGCCCUUCAGGCGCUCUGCAAAGUCAUCACUGCGUCGGAGACUGGCGAGCAGCUCAUCAGCCGGGCUGUUAAAAAUAUGGUUGGAAUGCUCCACCAGGUGCUGGUUCAGCUCCAGGCUGGCGAGAAGGAGCAGGACUUUGCAUCAGCACCCAUCCAGGUCUCCAUCAGUGUCCAGUUGUGGCGGCUCCCGGGAUGUCACGAGUUCCUGGCAGCUCUAGGUUUUGACCUCUGUGAAGUUGGUCAGGAGGAAGUGAUUCUGAAAACUGGAAAACAGGCCAACCGACGGACGAUGCACUUCGCGCUCCAGUCCCUGCUGUCCCUCUUUGAUUCUACAGAACUGCCCAAGCGCCUCAGCCUCGACAGCUCGUCCUCCCUCGAGUCUCUGGCAUCAGCUCAGUCCGUUUCCAACACCUUGCCCCUGGGCUACCAGCACCCUCCCUUCUCUCCCACUGGUGCAGACAGCAUCGCCUCGGACGCCAUCUCUGUGUACAGCCUGAGCUCCAUCGCCUCCUCCAUGAGCUUCGUCUCCAAGACUGAGGUUGGGUUAGAAGGUGGAGGCACCAGAGGACGACAGGACUACGACCGGUCCAAAAAUGCUUACCCACAGAGAUCCACCUUGCCUCAGCACCAGUUGUCCCCACAGGCCCGCACUGCAGGCAGCAAAGACGAGGAAGAGUACGAAGGUUUCUCCAUCAUUAGCACUGAGCCUCUGGCAGCCUACCAAGAAAACAGAAAGGCACGGUUCUCACCGGAUCACAGUCAGUCCAGGGUCGGGACAGCUGGAGGUGUUAAAGUUUCUGUCAGCUCCAAGGGGAGCAUCAGCACUCCAAAUUCUCCAGUUAAAAUGACUCUGAUUCCCAGCCCAAACUCUCCCUUCCAGAAGGUUGGAAAACUAGCAAGUUCAGAUACAGGAGAAUCGGACCAGUCUAGCACAGAAACAGAUAGUACCGUGAAAUCCCAAGAAGAAAGCAACCCAAAGCUUGAUCCACAAGAGUUAGCCCAGAAGAUUCUAGAGGAGACGCAGAGUCAUCUCAUUGCAGUAGAGCGUCUUCAGAGGAGUGGCAGUCAAGCGAGCAAGAGUAAUAAUUCAGACGAUGGUGUUUCCGUGCCAAACAGCACUACUGUCUUCAGAGCGUCAGAAACGAGUGCAUUCAGCAGGCCUGUCCUCUCCCAUCAGAAGAGCCAACAAUCACCAGUUACUGUUAAGCCAAAGCCCCCAGCCAGAAGCUCAUCCCUACCCAAGGUGAGCUCAGGAUAUAACAGCCCCACCACCUCGGAGACGUCCAUCAAAGACAGCCGGAGCCAGAACAGUGGCCGGCCCUCACCUGGCUCUGACUCCCAGACUUCCCUCACUGACCAGCCUCUCUUUAAACUGAAGUACCCAAGCUCUCCUUACAGUGCUCACAUUUCCAAGUCCCCAAGGAACAUGUCCCCAAGCUCAGGCCACCAGUCUCCUGCUGGUAGUGCACCAUCCCCAGCUCUCUCCUAUUCUUCAGCCGGUUCGGCUCGUUCGAGUCCAGCAGAUGCACCAGACAUAGACAAACUGAAAAUGGCAGCCAUUGAUGAGAAGGUACAGGCCAUCCAUAACCUGAAGAUGUUUUGGCAGAGCACACCCCAGCACCCCACAGGACCAAUGAAAAUAUUCCGCGGGACCCCUGGAACGAUGACUUCCAAAAGAGAUGUCCUCAGUCUAUUAAAUUUGUCACCUCGGCACAACAAGAAGGAAGGAGUAGUAGAUAAACUUGAACUUAAGGAGCUGUCUUUGCAGCAGCAUGAUGAAGCACCCCCAAAACCCCCUCCCAAUGGACACUGGCAUGCACAGACCACCAGGCUGAGCACACUCCCGCUGCCUGCCGGCACUCCUGCAGCUCCCACUCGCCCUCUGAGACUUCCUUCUGGAAACGGCUACAAGUUUCUGUCCCCGGGAAGAUUUUUUCCUUCCUCCAAAUGCUAAGUGUCUUUUCUACCCACUGAAUCCAAGAGCAGCAGCCCAGAGAGGGUCUCAGUAUUCGCUCUGCCUCCUUGCCUUGCCUGAGUGCACAAGUCACCGCCACGCCACCGUCAGCACCUCCUCGUGAUGGACACCAUCCCCGGUGUCACCACGUCCAAACACUACCAAGCACAUGGCCAGUGGCUCCGUUGCCAGGACUCUGGGCCAGAUUCACCAAAAGCCAGAACUUCUUUGGCGUCGGUACCAGAGGCUCAUGGAAUUUUCUACACACUGCACCAAAUGUUUACCUUUGAACUCCCACUUCUCAUCUCCGAUGUGAUUCUCCAACAGGACUUUUGUACAAAAUGGUCAUGGUUCUGGGGUGGGGAGAGGAAGGGGAGCACGUAUUUUGCUACGAAGUGGAUACGCAGCACCUUUUAUACACAGAAAUACAAAUAGAGCUUUCUUUUUACGGUUUUCAGGUGCUGGUUGGGGUGGCAUAUAUAUAAAAUCUAAGUUGAAAGUGUUAUAUUCGCCAAAAACAGAAUAAUGGUUUUAGAAAAUGCCAAUGAUUUGUUAUUAAAUUGAAGCGGUUGUGGUCUCCUGACAUUGUAACACCACCUAACAAACAAUGCAAUAAUUCAGGCUGAAAUAGUGCUUCCACCCUGAACUCUUCUUCCGUCUCUACAAAUGUCCUUUUGGGCCCUACUGUCAACCAAACUUGAAUUUUUUAAAAAACAUUAACUCUUAUCCAGGCAUCUUAGAACUAUGCAAUUGUGAUUUAGAAUGCAACUUUGUGCUUUUAAAACAUUAUUGACCUUUUUUGUACACAGAUAAACAACUUGGUUUUAUUAUCAAUAGUACUUUGCAUUUAUAGCUAUUAUUUUUAAAAGCUCAAAAGUUUUUUAAAAAUGUCAAAUUUUGAAUAAUCAACAAGUAAUUAUCAAGUUUGGGGGAAAGGCUGAAAUUAUUCAGUUUCCUUAUGAGCAAAAAAUAAUAAAAAAAGAAAAGAAAGAAAGAUAUGUCCACAGCUAACUAGAUUUAACCAGAAUCUAGCCUUCCAGCUCCUCUUCCCUUUUAUUAGCUGCUUAAUUUUGGUCUCUUUUCCUAACCCCAGGCCUCUAACACCUCUUCUAUCUCAAUCCAUUGCCAGGUUCAUACAAUGCCAGCAGCCUCCCCUUAGCUGGGGCUGUCCUCUCAUCAUCCCUGCUGUCUGAAAGAAAGGACCCUCCCCUACCACAGAGGAUUUUCCUAUCCAUAUCCUCAGAUGCGGGUGUGGCCUUCUGCUGGGAUAUACCUCCGAAUUACUGCUCAACAGGGCAAUAGAUACUUAACGAAAAAUGAAGGCAGGCUUUUCCCACGCAAUGAUGGUAUACUUACAUUAUCGCCAGCUGAGACUAGAAAAGGGAAUAGUCUAGUUAGGGGUAACCAUUAAUUUAUUUUAAUAAAGAAUUGAAAUGUGGAAAAUCAAAUUAGUACUAAAGUUUAGUUGGAGAAUUUAAGUAAGCAUCUUUUAAGUAAUUCUAAAAUUCAGAUUCGACCAUUCUCACUGUGAGGGUAUGUCCCACAAAGGUAAUGCAGCCACCUGGCCCGGGACAUGAGGAACUGGCAGGGAGGGGACUGACACCAAGACAGCCAGGUGGAGUUUUAACCUUGGGUGGGCUAUCACUUUAUAAACACACUGACCACUUCACCUGUCUGUUCCUCAGUGUACUCCUCUGAAAGGAGAAUGUUUACUCAAUUUGUGUUUGUCUCCUGAGGUAUGUCAUAGAGCUUUAUGCAUUUAACCCAACAGCCAUGUUGAUGAAAGCAAAUAAGGAUGUCACAUGCCAAUCCUGAUCCCAACACUGGAGGAGAAAUACUUUAUAAAGAAGCAAGCCACUAUGAGGAUGUCUUUAUGUAAGUAAAGACAAAAUACAUGGUAAUAAAAGUACCAGUGAUGCAAAUGAAAGCCACAUUUAUAGCACGGUUCAUUUAAUUUGGAUAGUAAAAUCAGGUCCUCAACAACAAAAACUCAACUGCAAAGUACAUGUCUGAAUCCAUGUGUGGAUAGUUAGGCCCCCCUUUCUCAGCAAGUCUCAGUCUCUUUCCCAAGUGCCAUGGAGCCCUGGAGGAAAGGCCUGGGGUCAGUGCUGUCCCCCCAGCACCCGGACCAUGCCCCAUGGACAUAUCUUCUUGCAGUUUUCAAGCUAGCUGGCAAAACUCAUGGACUCUAACCUGGUUUUAGUCCUAAGUACAUUGUUGUUUUAGGUUUCAUAUUACAGAGCCAAAAUGGUGUAUGUGAUUCUUUUGGGGGGUCCUAGAUAUAAGCUUCAAUGAAGGGAAAAACAAAGAUGAUGACAUAAUAGGACCAACUUGAAAACCACUGUUGAGUCGCCACUUUGUUGUGUUUGCUCAGUGUCAUUCCUGGUGUUUCUGUGAGUGGAAGAGAUGUACAAUCAUAAAAUCAAAGUGAAUUUUUUUAGGCUACGCUGAAAAAGUAUGCAUUUAAAAUUACAUGAGGUUUUGUAAUUCACAGAGAUUUCUUUGUAUAAGUCAGGGGUCAGUAAACCACAGCCCAUGGGCUAAAUCUGGUCAGCUGCCUAGUUUUUUACAGCCCACAAGCUAAGAAUGGUUUUCCCAUUUUUAAAUGGGUACUUAAGUCCCUACAUAAUAUUCUUGAUUUUGCCUCUUGGC